AUGUCAUCGUCCGUUCAUUUCAAAUUCAAGUCCCAGAAAGAGCCUUCUCGGGUAACUUUCGACGGUACCGGUAUAUCUGUCUUCGAACUCAAGCGAGAGAUCAUCAGCCAGAGUAGAUUGGGUGAUGGAUCUGACUUCGAGUUGUCCAUCUACAAUGAAGACACUAAAGAAGAAUACGACGAUGACACCACCAUCAUUCCCCGGUCUACCUCCGUCAUAGCUCGUCGAUUACCUGCAGCUCGCCCCGGAAAAGGCGGCGCUGCCCGCUAUGUCUCCGGUAAAAUGCCCGUCAACGCCCGCAACGCUUCCCGCACCGAGCCGUCGAUCACUCGAGCGAUCCCUGGAACCGGCAGUGUCAACAACAAUGUCCUCGAACUCAACAAUGCGCAAACAGAGGAGGAAAAGAUCAAUGCACUCUUCAAUCUCCAAGCCAGUCAAUGGCAAGAACAACAGCAGGAGAUGGCCAAUGCGACUCCCGUGCCAUUCGGUCGUGGCAGAGGAAAGCAGGUCAAUGUUCCUGACCACCCCCGCCUCCCGGUUAUCUGUGUUACCGCUGCAGAGAGAAAGGCCACUGGAUUCAAGCAUGCCCCACAAACAAUGACCCAAAGUUCGACGGCAAAUAUAGGUGAUGACGUGAGGAAUACAGGGGUAAUGGUUAAUGCGGACGGUGAUUUUGUCAUCGCAAAGCCGGAUAAGGCGGCCUGGGAACUAUAUCAAGAAAAGGCGAAGGCAUCUGCUGCUGCUGCCGCGGAAGCAGCCGCAGCGGAGGAAAGCAAAGCACUGCAGGCUCGGGGUCUGGAAUGCCCAAUUGACAAGAGAAUGUUCUUAGAGCCAACAAAGACACCAUGUUGCCAGAGGACAUAUUGCAAUGAUUGUAUUUCAAAUGCUUUGAUUGAAAGUGAUUUUGUCUGCCCUGGCUGUUCUACAGAGGGCGUUCUGCUCGAUAACCUUACUCCCGAUGAGGAGGCAGUUUCCAAAAUCAAGACAUACGAAGCAGAUAAGGCAGAGGCGAAAAAAGAGAGAGAAAAGCACCCCACAGGCCAGGAUGGCGGAUCGGCUAACGGAAACUUCGACCACCAUGCGUCCAAGGAAGCCGAUUCUAAGGAUCGAUCUCCGUCCCAUCAAGAGGUGGUAGUUGCAGAAACGUCCGCUCAAUCGAAAAAGCGGUCAGCUGAGGAUGACUUAGUCCCUGAAGUGUAUGGCGACAGCUCCGCCAAUGCGACAAAGAAGCAGAAAGGAGAGGAUGAAUCCGGUCCCCCGGUUACUGAAAACACUACCCAGGAGGCUUCGACCGGUGCUGGUAUGUCGUUCAACCCUCAGGUGCCUUUCGGGGGAUUUGGCAUGAUGCCUCCCUUUUCAGAAUCCGGGUUUGGUAACGACUCCAUGGGAUUUAUGAACCCGAUGGCUAUGGCUAAUGGCUUCCCCAAUCCGAUGGGCCCGGGAUGGAAUCAGAUGAAUAUGCCUUUCAACCCACUUCAGGCCGGCCUGUAUGGCGACCAGGCCAACGGGUUUACGAGCAUGUUCAAUGGAGAUCCGUCCAUGUCGAUGUUUCCCAUGGCCCAGAUGGCUGGACAGAUGCAAAAUUCCAGUUUCCAGGGCCCAGUUAUGAACAACUUUUCCAACCAACAGCGGACUGCCUUUGGGGGCCCCUAUUCUCGUGAGGAAGAUUCACCAUAUUUCCGUCAACCCGUCAACCCACAACGCCAUCAAGCCCGGAAUCGAAGGGUGAGGCCGAGUGACUACCGAGAAUUAUGA